AUGUCCCUAUCAUCCCAAGGGCGUACGCUGCCUCUGACAGCCAACCUUCACCCCUUUGACCCUCUCACCCCUCAAGAAAUCCGUCUGGGACACCGAAUUCUGAAAUCUGCUUUCCCGGGUGUCGGGCUUCGAAUUAACCGAAUUGACCUCCAAGAGCCUCUCAAGAAGGAGGUUAUCCCUUAUAUUGAAGCAGAACGACUAGGGAAGCCUCUUCCUCGAAAGCCCACCCGUCUUAUUUACUCCUACUUCCACCGUCUAGACACGGGUGCGUGCUGCAAAGCCUUGUUCAAUGCUGACAAUGCAUCUAUUAUCUACGUGAAGGAAUUGCCCCUUGGAGUCCAGCCCCCAAUUGAUAUCGACGAGAUCACUGCCAUUGAAGAGCUGUGCAUGAAGCAUCCCGCCGUCCUGGCAGAGAUUGAGAAGCUGCAGCUCCCAGAAGGCGUGAGAGUCUGCAAUGAUCCAUGGAUGUAUGGCUCUGAUAGUCCCGAUGAGACACGACGACUUUUCCAAUGUUUCAUGUACGUGGUGGCCGUAGACCACCCGCAAAACAACCACUACUCCACCCCCUUGAAGUUUUCUCCAGUUUUCCACGGCCAUACCCACGAGUUAGUUCGCAUGGACUACCUACCCGGUGGUGCAGAUACUCAAACUACAGAGACCCAGCCUUGGAAGCCAGUUGAGACGAUUCAAUACGCUCAUGACCUCCUAGGUGGUGACCUCCGAACCGAUCUCAAGCCCUAUAUUGUCCAACAACCAGAAGGCCCCUCAUUUUCGCUGGACGGAAAUCAGGUGUCCUGGCAAAAGUGGCGAUUCAGAGUGGGAUUUAACAACCGUGAGGGCUUGGUUCUUCACAAUCUUACGUAUGACAACCGCAACGUCCUCUAUCGACUUUCCAUGUCUGAAAUGACCGUCCCUUAUGGAGAUCCCCGCGCACCAUAUCACCGAAAGCAGGCCUUUGACGUUGGAGAUGUUGGAUUCGGUCUCAAUGCCAACCAAUUGACUUUGGGCUGUGACUGUCUCGGCCAUAUUAAGUAUUUCGAUGGCUAUCGUUCUGACUCCAAGGGUCAGCCUGUCCUUUUAAAGAAUGUUAUCUGCAUGCACGAACAAGAUAAUGGUAUCCAACACAAGCACACCAAUUACAGGUCUGGUGCAGCUACUGUUGUUCGCAAUCGCCAGCUUGUGCUCCAAAUGAUCUGCACAGUUGCCAACUACGAGUACAUCUUUGCGUACAUCUUGGACCAGGCCGCAAAUAUUGAACUGGAAGUCCGUGCCACAGGUAUUCUGUCAACUGUUCCAUUCGAUAAUGAGAAUGGAGAGACUGUCAAGUGGGGGACUAAUGUUGGACCUGGCGUCAUGGCUCCUUACCACCAACACAUGUUCUCUCUGAGAAUCGAUCCUGCCAUUGAUGGUUUCAACAAUACUGUCUAUUAUCAGGAAAGUGUUCCUCUUCCGGAGGACCACAGCAACCCGUAUCUGGUUGGAUACACUACUGAAGAAACAGUGAUCAAGGAGUCUGGCACCGCAGAGACUGAUAUCCAGCGCCACCGUGUCUUCAAGAUUCGCAACGACAAUAUCAUUAACCCCAUCACCUAUAAGCCCGUAGCAUACAAGCUUAUGGCUGCACCCAGCCAGAUGAUCAUCAUGCCCAAGCACGCAAUGGGCUACCAACGAGCCGAGUUCGCAUCGAAGCCAAUCUGGGUCACCAAGUAUCAAGACGAAGAACUUUAUGCCGCGGGCGAGUUCACAAAUCAAAGCAAGCGCGCGGAAGGCGUGGAAACCUGGGUUAAGCGCAAGGAUAACACAGAAAAUGAGGACGUGGUUCUCUGGCACACUUUCGGUCUCACCCACAACCCUCGUGUCGAGGAUUUCCCUGUUAUGCCUAUGGAGCGCAUCAGCGUCAUGCUCAAGCCCGAUGGCUUCUUCACAAAGAACCCAGCCUUGGAUGUGCCGCAGUCGUCGCAGAGCUUCAACAAGUCUACCCUGCAUCCAGAACCAUGCUGCAGUUCGAUGAAGCCAAAGAUGUAA